AUAACUUUUUGUCUUUUUUUCCAGGGAAAUGAUGAUAUUUAUAUUUGCAUUUACAAUCAAGGACAAGUUCAAGUGCAACGUGCCCAUUCCACAGGAAUGAAAACCCCAGAUAUCAUAGCCCAGAACAUUUCUGACAUAAGCGUGUCUUAUGCCAAUGGAGUCAUCAGCUGCACCUUUACUUCCCACGACCCCAUCUCCUUUUAUAGAAGCUCCACACCGACCACCUCCUCCUAUCUCUUCUACGCCUAUGGACCCGUUAGCGGAGGCUUAAUCCAGCACCAUAAAGAUAAAUUCACAAGAAAAGGCAGAGUUCAGCUUACACCGUCUGUUACGGGGACAGUGGAUGAUCUUCGUCCUGCCAAAGCACACGGUUCAUUAAUGCUGAUAGCUUGGAUGACAACUGGGAGUCUGGGCAUGAUCAUUGCAAGAUACCUUAAAAGAGCCACCAAAGGGAGAGGCUGCUGGAACAAAGACCUUUGGUUUUUGGCACAUGUGGGCCUUUUGUCCUUGUCUUACAUUGCUACCAUCAUUGCCUUUAUCUUGAUCUUUGCAAAUGCAGGGGACUGGUUUGACAACCCACAUUCAGUUCUGGGCUGUUUAGUUAUGAUUCUGACCUUCUUCCAACCAAUUGUGGCUAUUUUCCGAUGCCAGCCCAGUCACAAGUGGAGGUACAUUUUCAACUGGAUACAUGCUUUGAAUGGUCUGACAAUUAAAGGCUUGGCAGUGGGUGCCAUAUUUACUGGCCUACAAGUGGUGGACACAUCGUCAAACCAGUGGCUCCCCAAAGUGAUGGGAGGCUUUGUUGGCUGGGAGGCUUUGUUCUUCCUGCUCUUUGACUUCUAUGCUCAGUGGAGCAAAAACACUGGGCCAGAAGUAUAUGAAGACAUUUCAAGUUUGGUACCUUUAGAAGUGAUACUUCUGAUUCUUUUCUUCCUCGGAAACAUUACAUUUUUGAUCACCCUUCUGUGUGGAAUCGGUCUGUCAUGAAAUCUCCAGAAACAAGGAAUACAUCUAUGACUAAAAGGAAAAGAGAAAGAAUACUUUUUUGGUACUCCCCAACAGGAGGACUGGUUAUGUAUGAGAGAGAAAUCUUCAGGGAAUUUCAUCAUCCAUCCAUCCAUCCAUCCAUCCCUCUUCUAUAUUUAUUUGAGCAUGUCACACAGUAGCACGUAUAGCACAUUCUAAUUUUAUUUUGUUUUGAAACAGUGUUUUUAAAAUACAGCAAAAUACAGACAAAAGAUAAAAGUUGCCACAACACUUAAGCUGAGAUUCUGAGGUUUAAUCCUGGUUCUGCUGGCAGAAGGCUACACUGAGCAGCAGGCUGCUUCCAGGCCCAAAAUUUCUGAAACAGCAGUACACAAGAAAAAGUUGAAGCAUGAGACACUGUGAACGACCAAAAACCAGCCAGGUAGAGGGCAGAAGCAACUUUCUAAUACUAGAGAUGACUGUCAACUUAUCCGACAGUUUAUCAUGAAUCGGAGGAUGACCUCAAUGACUUUCAAAAGCAAUGGGAAACAUUAAGCGCAGAUGUGAAGUCCAUUGCUAGGACAGUUCGUAUCAGGCUCCUAGAAGCAGGACUGAAAUCCUUUAAAGCAAGGAAGAAGCCCUUUAUCUAUUAGAAGCAGAAAAAAUGAGAGGUUAUAUAUUUUACACAGAUGCAUAACCAUAAAUUGAGAAAUGAGUGAAACUAAAAUUUUGCCAGAAGUCUCAUAUUUUGUUUGGUUACUUAUGGUUAAGGUUAGGGCUGGGAAGGGGUUA